CUGAUUGCAUGCAAUAAACCUAAGUUUUUUGUUAAGCACAUCGAAAAACUCGUGCAAUUUGCUCGAGAUAAGCGUCUCGGGUGGCUAACAUUCUGUCCGACAAACCUGGGAUCAACGGUCCGUGCAUCAGUUCAUAUAAAACUGCCGAAACUUACAGCGAACGUGAGCACUUUUAAGGCUUUGUGCGAUAGGCUGAAUUUGCAAAUUCGUGGAGUACAUGGGGAACAUUCAGAACCAAUAUCGGGAAUUUACGACAUAUCGAAUAAGGUGGAGACAAAGGUUUUCGUACUUUCACUGCAGGGUCGUCUUGGCAUAUCUGAGUAUGAAGCUGUGAAGCAAAUGUAUGACGGUGUCAAGGAGCUCAUCAGAGCAGAAGAGAUGUUAUAG